GAUUUCAUUUCAAUUUUGUCGUCUGUGGAACAGUCUUCUAAUAAAAUCAAUGUUUAUUUUAUUGUAGAAAAAUUACAAUAUCAAUUGGAUAUCGAGUUAUAUUUUAUUGUAAUUAAACCUUAAAUCAUUGUACGUUUCAAAAAAGCUUAACAAUGAGUAACGAAGAGCCAACGGACCUUGACUGGAUCCAAUUGCGUCGUGAUUUAGGUCCAGUUCAUCAUGUCGAAACAACAGGAGAAAAAUUUGUACGAAAGUUUGGCGAAAAUCCCUUUGUACCUAUAGGGUGUCUUGCAACUGCUGGAGCGUUGUCCUAUGGUUUAUGGUGUUUUCGAACAAAGAGAUCAAAAUUAUCACAGAGAAUGAUGCGUGUUAGAAUAUUGGCACAGGGAUUUACCAUAGCUGCCCUUGUAACAGGUGUUGUUAUGGGUGCUGGAAAAUCUCUGAAAGGUUAAUAUUAUAUUGAACUUAGUUAUUGUAAAGGUAAAGAUAAAUUAUGUAAAUAAUAAUUAUAUUUUAUUAGAUACAAAAUAAAUACUUACAAAUUAUA